CAGACACAACUUUUUCAUAAACAUUCGUGACAAGUAUUUGGAGGUUUUUGCAGAAUCAUUUUUAAAAGCCAUUUUAAACUGGAUUUCCAAGCGUCCCCUGCAGUCAUGCCACCAAUUUUACUUAACUGUUUGGGGAAGGACCCCAAUGAGUAUAUCAAGGAACUAGUGCAAGUGAAAAAUCCUUACUUGGACGGCAUGGAGGAAGAUAUUCUCUACCACUUGAGCUUGAGCACCAAGACUCACAAUCUUCCAGAAAUGUUUGGAGACAUUAAGUUUGUGUGCGUCGGAGGCAGCGCAAAUCGAAUGAAGGCUUUUGCCCAAUUCAUCCACAAGGAACUGGAACUGAUUGGAAACCCAGAGGAAGUCAGCGAUAUCUGCGAGGCAACUGACCGCUACUGCAUGUAUAAAGUAGGACCUGUGCUCUCAAUUAGUCAUGGAAUGGGCGUCCCUUCCAUCUCCAUAAUGCUGCAUGAGCUCAUCAAACUGCUGCACCACGCUCAGUGCCGCGAUGUGGUCCUGUUCCGCCUCGGGACGUCUGGUGGCGUUGGUCUGGCUCCUGGGACGGUGGUGGUCACGGAUAAAGCGGUGGACUACUCCUUCCUCCCUCAGUUUGAGCAGGUGGUCCUGGGCAAAGUUAUCACCAGGAGCACGGAGCUGGACGAGGGAGUAGCCAAAGAGCUUCUGCAGUGCUCCUCCGAGCUGCAGAACUUUCCUACGGUGAUCGGAAACACCUUGUGCACCCACGACUUCUACGAAGGUCAAGGCCGACUCGACGGAGCUCUUUGCUCCUUCUCUCACGAAGACAAGCUGGAGUAUCUGAGGAAAGCAUACGAGGCCGGCGUGAGGAAUAUCGAAAUGGAGUCCUCCGUAUUUGCGGCUAUGUGCCGUGUCUGUGGCCUCAAAGGCGCUGUGGUCUGUGUUGCUUUGCUGAACCGCUUUGAUGGAGACCAGAUCACAGCCACUCAUGAUGUUCUGGUGGAGUAUCAGCAGAGACCUCAAAUCCUGGUGUCCCACUUUAUCAAGAAACGCCUGGGUUAUGUUGUAUGAAAUCUCUACGUCUGCCAUCCCAUCCCCACUCUCCCAAAUGGAAUGUAUAUAGCUGAUAUGUGCAUAUGUGUAUAUACUGUAUUUAACAUAAUAUAUAUUAUCAUAUGUGUAUUAGACACUUAUUUAAAAAGUUGUUUUCAUGAUUGAAUCGGUGAAGCUCAAAUAUGAAGUAUGCAUCAUACUUUAUAUUUGAACGCAUCAUACUUUAUAUUUGAACAUCAUCAACUUUCACAUACCAAUGCAACAUGUAUGUGUAAGUUUGAAUCACAUUGUUUGAUGUGUAGUACCCUGGUAUUUAUGUAAGGUUUGUGUUGAUUUCAAUAUUUGACUUGAACUUCAACAAAAAGUGUUGCGUGUAUUAGCAAUAUUGGAAAUGAUUUGCCUCCUUAGGAGUUUUGCACUUGUUAGAAGCCUUAUGAGAGAAUUUAUUAUUCCUUUUUAACUUUUAUUAUCAUAGAGGAAGUGGACCGAAGAUUCACAUUCACUUGUUUCUCCCAGGCAACUAAACGGUCAAGAAAUGUUGACGAAUAUGCAGAUGGGUCAUCUUCCUCUGUUAGUGGUACAUGUUUAUUGUCACUCAGUGAUACUGAAUUUGGUGUUGUAGAGUACAAAACUUUCAAUAAAAGUAAAUACACGUAA